AUGGCGCCGGGGCAGGAGCCGUCUCCCCUGCGAUCCCGGGUUCCGCUGCUUCAACACGAAGCUCUGUCACGGCACGUGGGGCUUCAGCCGACAUCUCCCACCUCUGCAGGCCGAGGAACUCUCUCGGAUGAGCACGCCGGCGUCAUCUCCGUCCUCGCCCAGCAGGCAGCCAAGCUCACCUCCGACCCGACCGAUACGCCCGUGGUGUGCCUGGAGUCUGACAGCGGGAAUAUCAUGAUCCAGAAGCACGACAGCAUCACUGUAGCAGUGCACAAGCUAGCAUCCUGACCUUCAGGAACCUGCGCAGCGCUCCACUCCCACCUCCAGCCCAGCUCCUCCUCACUGGACAACCACUCUCCCCUGCUGCUCCAGGGCGGAACGUGCUUGUAGUACCAAACCUGGGCUGAAGGCUCUCCCUCUCCACCUAACGGCUCCUGUGCAGCUAUCGGGGUCUCCAACUCACAUUUUAGCACGCGUGCUGCUGAGGAUGAAAUGUGGGUCACUCACCAAGCUCUUGUAAUGGUCAGAUACUACGAGGUGUAUGUGUGUGCGUGGCCUUAUUUGUUGGAGAAAUCAAUAAACGACCUGCAAAAC